GCAACCGUUUCCACUCGAUUUUAAACGUCAAAGCUUCCAAUUUUUUGGAAAACAAAAGCUCUCUCUCUCUCUCUGUAUUAUUUUGUUUCUUUCAAUAGAUUUCUCUUUGCUUAACAAUGGCGUUCAAGAAAACACUAGCUGAGCGUCUUUUCAAAAUCUCUAAAAUAUCGAAUCAGUCUCUAACAAAUUGUCGUAUUUCCUCUCCCGCCGUCCAGAACCGAAUCCCUCAAAACCCUAGCAAAACCAACAUUGCUCCGGAUCCAGGAGAUAAUGGAAUAUUCAGGCGUCUGUUCCACAAGAGAGCCAUGUUCCAGCCGCCUACCUCGCCGGAGAUCCGCUCGAUACAAGUCGGAGAAAAUCUCAUCCAGAAACUUAAAGCGUUUGACAUUGCGAAGGAUAGGAUUAGGUUGGACGGCUUGAUACCGCCGGCGAUCAAAGAUUUCAAUGGAUCUCCGGUGGAGAGGGAGCCGGUGAAGGAAGACUUAACGGUGGAGGAUGCAAGAAAGCUACUAAAGGCGGCGCAAUUGGAAAUUGUGAAAUCGAGGCUGAGAGGGAUGGAAGAAAGCAAGAUAUCUUAUUCUGAGUUCGUUCGGAUCUGUGGAGAAGGCGGUGCGGAUACGGCACAAGGAAUUCGGGUUGCAAAAACCCUCGAUGAAUCGGGAACCGUAAUCGUCUUGGGGAAUACCGUGUUCAUCAAACCGGAGCAGGUACUAAAAGUGAUCGGAGGACUAAUUCCAUUACCAGCAAGAACAACAAGCCUCAACGAUCCAGGAAGAAAGGAGCUAGAAGAAAUGGAGAAGCAAAAGGCUACAAUUGACAGGAAAGCUGAUACUCUUGUUCGCCGUGAGCUAUGGCUCGGGCUUGGCUAUUUCGUUGUCCAAACAGCCGCGUUCAUGAGAUUGACGUUUUGGGAACUCUCAUGGGAUGUGAUGGAACCGAUUUGCUUCUAUGUCACUUCCAUGUAUUUCAUGGCGGGCUACGCUUUCUUUCUGAGGACAUCAAAGGAACCUUCUUUUGAAGGAUUUUACCAAAGUAGAUUUGAUGUCAAGCAGAAAAAGCUAAUGGAGAACCAUAAUUUUGAUUUGAAGAGGUAUAAUGAGCUUCGAAGAAUUUGUUAUCCCUCUUCGACGACGGCGGCGAACAUUAUUUCAUUUGAUCAAUCAGAAAAGAGUUAUGCAAAUUAGGAAAACAUAGAAGAGCAGUAUGCAAUUUUGUUUAGAAUUUAGUUGCGGCUUCCUGUAACCUGAUCUGGAGAGUGUAUUUUCGUUAAUUUUUUACCCUCAUUUGCAAUAUACUAUAUACAUAAAUAUAACUCCAAUUUUCUAACAUAAAA